ACUGGGUUGGAUGCGGAGAGGGCCAAUGGACUGGCUGCCAACCUUGACAAGAAGCAAAGGAACUUUGAUAAGGUUUUGGCUGACUGGAAGCAGAAAUAUGAGGAGGGCCAGGCAGAGCUUGAAGGAACUCAGAAAGAGGAUCGUUCUCUCAGCACUGAGCUUUUCAAGAUGAAGAACUCCUAUGAAGAAACACUGGAUCAUCUGGAGACCAUGAAGCGUGAAAAUAAAAACCUCCAACAGGAGAUUUCCGAUCUGACCGAACAAAUUGGCGAGACCGGAAAGAGCAUCCAUGAGCUGGAGAAAUCCAAGAAGCAGGUGGGAACUCUGGAGCAUGAGGAAUCCAAGAUUCUGCGUGUCCAGCUGGAGCUCAAUCAGAUUAAGGGUGAGGUUGACAGGAAGCUGGCUGAGAAGGAUGAGGAGAUGGACCAGAUCAAGAGAAACAGCCAGAGGGUCAUCGACUCCAUGCAGAGUAACCUGGACUCUGAGGUCAGGAGCAGGAAUGAUGCCCUGAGAAUCAAGAAGAAGAUGGAGGGAGACCUGAAUGAGAUGGAGAUCCAGCUGAGUCAUGCCAACCGCCAGGCUGCUGACGCCCAGAAGCAGCUGAGGAAUGUUCAGGGACAACUGAUGGAUGCACAACUGCAUCUUGAUGAUGCUAUCAGAGCUGCAGGAGACCAUAAGGAGCAGGCUGCCAUGGUGGACCGUAGGAACGGUCUCAUGGUGGCUGAAAUUGAGGAACUGAGGGCAGCUCUGGAACAGACAGAGAGAGGCCGCAAAGUGGCUGAGCAAGAGCUGGUGGACGCCAGUGAGCGUGUUGGACUGCUGCACUCUCAGGUUAACAAACAUUCUAAUCCUAUCAUUUGA